GUCCAAAACUCCGCAGUAAUUGUUAGGCUUUUGAACGCACAGGAAGUAGUAACGCUCCAACAUGGCACUCUGUACGUACGAUGAAGCGAGCCGAACCUGGUACGGCGUGCAGCGUGUUUCGAUCUACAACCCAAAAGCGAACGUUGGUGAGGUCCUGAACCAUAUUCUGCUCCGAACGCCCGAUCGGAUCAUUCAGAUCGAUAUGGAUACGGGCAGCCGACUGAGCUGUGCCGAGUUCCGAAUGCGCAUGGUCCGCUUCGCCCAGCAUCUAACGGACGUUGGACUGCGCAAGGGUGACAUUGUGGCGAUGGCAAACGGGAACAGCGAGAAUGUGGCACCGUUGGCCUGUGCGCUCAUGACACUAGGAGCACCGUUUAAUCCGCUUGCGCCCGGGUUCAAUGUGGAGGACAUGGCGCACAUGCUGCGUCUAACGCAACCGAAGAUGGUAUUCUGCGAUGAUGACAAUGAGGAGGUGGUACGGCAAGCUGUCUGCAGUGUGUUUGAGGGUGAAAUCCCGAUCUACGUUUUUGAGAGCCAGCGGGAUGAUGUGAAACAUGCGGAAGAUCUACUAAUUCCGACAGACAAAGAGGAACAGUUCAUGCCCGCUCACUUGGGAGAUUCGCACGAGCUGCUGUCCAUGAUACUCUGCUCGUCCGGUACUACCGGUCCCCCGAAAGGUGUUUGUGUGACGCACGCACAGACGGUCUCUACGAUCGGUUGCUACCCAAUGGACGAACCGGUGACAGUGUUCAACUUCAGUCCACUGUACUGGGGCACCGGGGUGUACGUGCUGCUCAGCACGUUUGCCAGUGGCUCCACACGUCUCAUCACGCGCCGCCUCUUCUCGGAAGAAACGUUCUUCGAGGCGGUAGAAAAGUAUCGAGCCAACUUUGUGUUUAUGCAACCGUCAUACGCCAACCAGAUUCUGCGCCACAAACGCGCUUUGCAGGUGGACUAUUCCAGCUUGUGGGCGCUUGCGUUCGGUGGCAGCUACGUAUCGGAAAAUUUGCGCGAUCAAUUCGAUCGUCUGCUGCCAAAUGGGCGUACGUACAAUACGGUCGGCACGUCGGAGGUGGGAUGGGCGACAAACGACAUUGGCAAGCGCAAGCCGGGUUCGGUCGGUACGCCGGUGGUAAACGUUUCUGUCAAGAUUGUGGACGAUGACGGUAACGAUCUGGGUACUGGUGAAAAGGGGCACGUAAUGCUGAAAGGCGCGGAGCCGUUCAUUGGAUAUUACAAAAAUGAGGAGGCCACUCGAUCAACGAUCGACGGUAGAGGAUUCGCACACACGGGCGAUGUUGGGUAUUUCGAUGAGGAGGGCUACCUGUACCUGAUCGAUCGAGAGAAGGACAUCUUCAAGUACGGUGGGUUCCACGUGUCACCGAGCGAGCUGGAGGGAGUCGUCGGUCAGAUUGAGGGUGUUAUAGAGGUGUGUGUUGUCGCGGUGCCGGCAGACGAGGGGCGUAUGACCGAGCUGCCGACAGCCGCGGUAGUACGUGCGACCGGAAGUCCGCUCACGGCGGAGCAGGUGAUGAAAGUGGUGGACGGGAAGGUGUCCGACUAUAAGCGCCUGCGGGGUGGAGUUCAUUUUGUAGAGUGCUUACCGAAAACGCAGACCGGGAAAAAUGUGCGACGAAAGGUGUUGGAGAUGGUGUUGGAGCUGGUGAAGGAUAAAACGGUUGCUUGAGGUAGGAACAAAUUGAUUUUUUUACUAACGCACGACUGUCAACAGUAGCCGGUAUGGUAAAGAAUUCGUAGGAACUCUAGAGCAUAAACGAUUCGGAAAUUGCUCCCCCCUUAAUAUUGUGUUGGCACUAUAAUUAACCUCGGUUUAGGUUUUGAUCAUUCCGAUGGUAUAGGUCCAAGGUA